GGAGAAGGAAAAGAGGGAAGAGGAGCUGGAGCAUCGGGAAGCUGUCCGCCGGCUUCCGGACAUUCGGAGCGGCAUCGCAGCUGCAGUCUCUAACUGGAACGAUAAACCUCGACGAUUUUGGAUUGUAAUUCGUAGCUGGAAUCGGUGUUCCUGUUUAGUACAAUGUCUAGGAAGGUCCAAAGGAGCGAGGUGUGUGCCGACUGCAGUGCGCCAGAUCCUGGAUGGAGCAGUAUAAACCGAGGGGUGCUGAUCUGUGAUGAGUGCUGCUCUGUGCAUCGUAGCCUUGGGCGCCACAUCUCCAUCGUCAAACAUCUGCGGCACAGUGGCUGGCCCCCGUCCCUACUGCAGAUGGUGCAAACCCUGGCCAGCAACGGUGCCAACUCCAUUUGGGAGCACUCGUUACUAGACCCUGCACAGGUUCAAAGUGGUCGCAGAAAACCUAACCCACAAGAUAAAGUCCAUCCCACCAAGUCCGAGUUCAUUCGCGCCAAAUAUCAGAUGCUCGCAUUCGUCCACAAGUUGCCGUGCCGUGAUGAUGAUGGGGUCACCAGCAAGGAUCUCAGCAAGCAACUGCAUUCAAGUGUUCGAACAGGAAGUCUGGAGACGUGUCUGCGACUGCUGUCUCUUGGAGCUCAGGCCAAUUUCUUUCACCCUGAGAAAGGCACCACCCCUUUACAUGUGGCUGCCAAAGCAGGCCAGGUCCUUCAAGCCGAGCUUCUAGUAGUGUACGGAGCCGACCCCGGAGCACCGGACAUUAACGGCCGAACGCCCAUGGACUACGCCAGGCAAGCGGGUCAGGUAGAGCUAGCUGAGCGACUGGUGGAAUGUCAAUACGAGCUCACAGACCGACUGGCCUUCUACCUGUGCGGCCGGCGUCCAGAUCACAAGAACGGACAUUAUAUCAUUCCUCAGAUGGCAGACAGAGCUCGCCCUAAGUGCCCGACGCAGAGCCUGGACCUGUCUGAACUAGCGAAGGCUGCCAAGAAGAAGCUCCAAGCGCUAAAUAACCGCUUGUUCGAAGAGCUGGCCAUGGAUGUGUAUGAUGAAGUAGACAGAAGGGAGAAUGAUGCAGUUUGGCUGACGACUCAAAACCACAGCACACUGGUUACAGAGAGGAGUGCGGUUCCUUUCCUGCCCGUCAAUCCUGAAUAUUCAGCCACACGCAACCAGGGCAGACAAAAGCUGGCACGCUUCAACGCGCGGGAAUUCGCUACGCUUAUUAUCGACAUCCUUAGCGACGCUAAACGACGGCAGCAAGGCAAAGGCCUGACGAGUCCCACUGAGCCCCUGGACGCAGGUCAGGCAGACGAUGACCAACACGACUACGAUAGCGUAGCUUCCGAUGAGGACACGGACAGUGAGCUGACUGCGCAGAACAAUACCAACUCUCAGCGCAACAACCGUGCCAAGAGCAUGGAUUCGUCUGAUCUGUCGGAUGGGCCCAUCACGCUACAAGAGUACCUGGAGGUAAAGAAAGCCCUGGCUUCCUCUGAGGCCAAAGUUCAGCAGCUUAUGAAAGUCAACAACAAUCUAAGUGAGGAGCUGAGGAGGCUUCAAAAAGAGAUUUCACGGAUGCAGACGGAGAAUGUUGUCCUGCGGGGUGGCCAGGCUGGGCACACAGGGGCUCUAGGGGGUGGCGGGCCGGGCCUGUGGCCUGCCGGUGCCAGAGGAGGGCCAGGUGGAGGUGCUGGUCUUGGUGACUCGAACCUGACUCCACCGUCCUCGGCACUUCCGCGGAGGGACCGGCAGGCCUUCUCAAUGUACGAACCCGGCUCUGCCACCCCCAAAGCCCUCAGCCCAGCCCUGAACUCCCUGAGCGGCCACCUGCAGCCCCUCAGCUCCAGCGUUCGAAAAGGGGCUUCUGCAGGCCCCACCCCCUAUGGGGGACCACACCUUUCAGCCUCUAUGGAAGUGGGUCGAUAUAUGCCUCCUAAAUUAGAGAAGCAUGGUAGCGGUACUGACAGUGACUACGACAACACUCAAACAUAUGACACAUCACUUGGUUUGGGCCGCAGCAGUGAGGAGGAGAGCCGGGCGGAGGACUGCAGUGAUGGAGGGGAACCAGAUCCCACUCUGCCCUGCACAGAGGACGUCAUCCUGAAAACAGAGCAGGUCACCAAGAACAUCCAAGAGCUGCUGAGAGCCGCACAGGAGUUUAAACACGACAGUUUUGUGCCAUGCUCAGAAAAGAUCCACUCAGCAGUAACAGAGAUGGCCUCUCUCUUUCCCAAGAGGCCAGCCCUGGACGCUGUGCGUGCCUCCCUCAAGCUGCUGGCCACCAGCGCUUCCCGCCUGCAGGUGGAGUGUCGUAAAGCGGCCCCGUCCGAGUCCUCAGCCAGCGCUGUCGACUACCAGCUUCUCACACAGCAGGUCAUACAGUGCGCCUAUGACAUAGCCAAGGCUGCUAAACAGCUCGUCACUAUUACCACCCGCGAGAAGAAGCAGUGACCCGGCGUUCGGAACAACAGGCACGGACUGACCGAGAAACAGGCUCGGGGAAGCACUACAGAGACAGGACACACUGGUGGUGGUGGAAGGAACUGCUAACGUAGGAUGAGAUGCACAUGAUUGAUGAAAGGAGGACAUCGAGGUUAAAUGGAAGAAGGAAACACGUAGUGGAAUUAAAAAGAAUAAAAGAAAGCAAUUGGAAAGUACAUGUAGCUGGCACCACCUACACGGAGGGAGGGCACAAGAGACCCUAAUUGGAAAGGUUUUAAUCAUCUCACUGAUCUGUUAUUGGGAUUCCUCUCUAUGUGCACCGCUUUCUUCUCACUUUCCACCCAAACACACACACACACACACACACACACACACACACACACACACAGUCAGGUCCAAGUGGGUCUUUCACUUGCACUCCUUCACUAUUGCCUAUUUUUUCCUCCUUUAGCCAUUUCCUGAGCUAUUUCUAUGUUUGUCCCGCACACAACACCCAGGAAAGUGAAGGCUAACACGUGCUUCCUUCAAGACACGUAAAGCCACUCAGCCACGUAACAUGGUUUGGCACACGAACACGCUUUAUACCCUGCAGCUUUGAUCAGUAAGGGAGACAGGAUGCCAUACCACCAACCCAGGGCCAUAUCGCUCUCUGGUACUACAUGCUACAAACGGCUAUGACAUCACAGGGCCUUGAACUUACAAUCUCUGGACAAUAGAUCUUGCUGUUGCUCCAAUUAGGAGCGCUUACAUGCACGUUUAACAUUCACACACACACACAUACAGUCUGCUUUCUCUGUUUUAUCAUUUACUUUCAUUUCUUUAAUCCUUAUUUCUUGAUUUAUGUCUGUUUUUGAAAGCCACGUCUGCUGGCCUUUACCUCCCGGGACAAAUGUUUAGACUUAAACACUUACACUGGAAUUAUUGUAAUGAUUAUGACUAUAGUUUUUUUUAUUAUUAUUAUUAUUAAUGUUUAAUUAUCAUUG